AUGGACUACAUGCAUUACUUACUUACAUUCACAAUUGUCCCAGGUGGUCAGAAUUGUUCAUCCAAUGCUGGUAUAGUUGUGGCUGCACCAGAUGGUAAAGGGUUUUUUACUUUGAAGCAGCAUUAUGGGAAUGAGAAUUGGGUCAGCUAUGGCCAAUUUUUCGGUAGCUGGGAUGAGGAAGAGCCUAUUAGCCUUGUGCGUCAAAGCCAGACGGCAGAGUCAAAUUCUAGCUUCAUCUGCUGGCCGGUGAUUGAUAAUCUUCUUCUCAAGAGCAUCCCAAAAAUAGGUCAAGGCAAUGGGGUGGUCUGUGAUAGGAGGUAUACAGACUCUGAACACUUUUUUGUCUCCCAAGGCAAUGCUGCAAUUGAGCUUCUCUCUGGGGUUUCAACUGGAAUAGAAACUGCUGCAGCCCUCAAAGAGGGUUCAACUUAUGACUUGGAAUUCAAACUGGGAGAUGCUAAUAACUCUUGUGGGAAAGAUUUUAUAGUAGCAGCUCAAGCCGGAUCAACAGUUCAGAAUUUCACUCUACGAAGCGCAAUGGAACUGGAUCAUCCAAGGAUUUCUUGA